AUGGCGAGCCUGAUGCCGAUCGGUGAAGCAAUCACCGUUUGGCAGCUUUACAGUCGAUGCAGUUCUGCUUUUGUACAGAUUUUCCUGAAACAUGCUAAUGCAAGAGGGCAACAAUUUAAUCAUUGUUUAACCGAUUUGUUAAUGCACGCAGAUAAUGAAGGACGCAUUCGGAUAGAAAAUGCUCUUACUGGCAAAUUUAUAUGUUUUAAUAAGCGACAAAGGCUUGCAAUUAGAAGUGACGGAAUGGAUGACAAAUGUCUUUUCCGUGAACAACUAACGUCCUCUGGAUAUACAAUGUUUCAAUCCGCAUGGAAACAAAAUUUAUUUCUUGGGUUUAACAGAAAAGGGAAGUUUCAAGAUCCAUCACAAAUCAACACAAAAAGGCGGUGUUUUUUAUUUAUCAAAUUGUUGCGUGAAGUAAAAUCAACACGGCUAACGUCCUGUUCAAAAUCAGAAAAGGAUGAUCAAACAGAAUUGGAUCUCGAGUCAAAACGACAGCGCUAUUUAUACGAUGUUGUUCGAGAAUCGUUACUAAGUCGAAUUCGAGCUACAACAUAA